AUGGCGCUUUCCACGGGCCAUGUGGCCAGCCAACUGAGGCACCUUAUCUACUAUCACCUCGACAACAACCUCGUUCGAAAUGCCCUUUUCCUUGCUGGUCGUCUUCUUGCCUAUGAACCGAGAUCCUUCGAAGCGCAAUACCUACUCUCUCUCUGCCACCUGCACAAUGGCGAAGUCAAGGCUGCGUUAGAGUGUAGCCAGGGCUCAGGAUCGCGUGGCCUGCAUGUAGGCUGCGCUUAUGUCUACGGCCAGGCUUGUUUGGAUCUGGGCAAAUACCUGGAUGGUAUCACUGCCCUGGAACGCAGCAAGUCGCUCUGGCAAUCCAAAAAUCACUGGAAUAAGCACAGUGAAACAUCUCGGCAGCAUCUACCGGAUGCAGCAGCAGUAUACUGCCUGCUCGGAAAGCUAUGGCAAGGUCAUAAGGACUUGAACAAGGCAGUGGAUUGCUACGUGGAUUCUUUGAAACUGAAUCCCUUCAUGUGGGAUGCUUUCCUCGGCUUAUGCUCGACCGGCGUCAACAUCCGAGUCCCUAACAUCUACCAACUUAGCCCGGAACUCCUCUCCAUAAUCUCUGCUUCCCCCGACGACCUGGACUCUGUACCUCGGCAUUUCUCGUCGACUGAAGGUUCCUUUCCCGCACAAACCACUGGACACCCGGGUGGUGAUCCAUUCAUGGUCUCUUCUGCACGUGGCGACAUUGAUUCGACCUACGGAAGCUCGGCGUUGUGGGAGAAAUUCAACGGCAGCUCCGUUAGUGUUGCAUCGGUAGCGGCACCGGUAAUCCACGAGGGAAUGGAGACACCCAGUGGGCAAAGCAGUAGCUCAGAAGAGUUUCGUAUCGCGAAUGGCGUCACGGAACCAGACUCCGUAUGGGAGCCACCAUUGGCGCCCGCAAGGAAGAAUCGUACGAUCCAGUCAAUGAGCUUGGACCAAACGGGUCACCCCCCACCUAAAAUGCGAUCAACUGGUAUUCGCCCUCGACCUAGAACUCGAACCGAACCGGACGAACCUCCCAUCGCACCAGCCGACAGAGAACCUCCACCCGCGCCGCGCUUCGGUGAUCGCAAACGCACGGUUUCUGGCCAAGUUGCCCAUCCCCUCCCCUCUCAACCGGCCGAGCCUGGUGCUCCUCAGCGUCGAAGCGUCAGACUCUUCAAUCAGAUCAAACCUACCACCAGCAAGCUUUCCAACUCUACUCUGAUGGGCCGUGAUGGCCGUGAAGUGAAGAAAGUACGAAGUGCCCACGCCAAGGGACGUCCUGCCACAACGUCCACCGUGGGCCGGGUGGUGAGCGGCAACCGCAAACCUAUCGAGUCAGCCGACAAUGAUGGCAAGGAACCCCGUGCUACAUCCAUCCCUUCUACCUCCAGCGUUCCUCCUCUCCCCAGAAAUGCCGAGAGAUCCAAAGAGCUCGAAGCCCUGAACUGGCUUUUGGGGCUGUUUACCAAAAUUGCAUCUGGGUACAGCGCAUUGAGUCGGUACAGAUGCCCCGAAGCUAUACAACACUUCAAUUCUCUCUCGCAGGGUCAACGUGAGACCCCGUGGGUCUUGGCUCAACUUGGCCGAGCCCACUUUGAACAGGCAAUGUAUGCCGAAGCUGCCCAAUACUUCUCCCGUGUUCAAACCUUGGCACCCUCGCGGGUGGAGGAUAUGGAAAUCUACUCGACCGUUCUUUGGCACCUCAAAAAUGACGUGGAGUUGGCAUACCUGGCACACCAAUUACUGGAGGCCGACCGGUUGUCGCCUCAGGCUUGGUGUGCCAUCGGUAACUCUUUCUCCCACCAGCGAGAUCACGACCAGGCCUUGAAAUGCUUCAAGCGCGCAACUAUGCUGGACCCCGAGUUUGCCUAUGCUUUCACAUUACAGGGUCACGAGUACGUUGCCAAUGAAGAAUACGACAAGGCUCUUGAUGCCUACCGCCACGGGAUCAAUGCGGAAAACCGCCACUACAAUGCCUGGUAUGGCCUGGGCACGGUUUAUGACAAGAUGGGCAAGCUCGACUUUGCCGAGCAGCAUUUCCGCAAUGCAGCCACCAUCAACCCAACCAAUGCCGUCCUCACCUGCUGCAUUGGCUUGGUCAUGGAGAAGAUGGAUAAUCCGAAGAACGCUCUAUUCCAUUAUGAGCGUGCCUGCUCAGUCGCACCACACUCUGUGCUGGCUCGCUUCCGCAAGGCUCGCGUCUUGAUGCGGCUCCGUGAGUACAAGUUUGCCAUGGCCGAGCUCAAGGUUCUGAAGGACAUGGCACCCGACGAGGCCAACGUACACUACCUCCUCGGUAAAUUGUACAAGGCUAUUCAUGACAAAGCCAAUGCCAUCAAGCACUUUACCACCGCCUUGAACUUGGACCCUAAGGCUGCCCAGUUCAUCAAAGACGCGAUGGAGUCCUUGGAUGACGAUGAAAUGGAAGAUGAUGAUAUUGCAUGA